ACAUGAAUCCCCAUCUUCAAGCAUAGAGCUCAUGAGUACUCUCUCGCUCACUGAGUCACCGACCAGAGUAAACCACUGGAGAUAAAUUAAGAAAGAAAUCAGGGCGGGGAUUUUUGGGGCUGGGACUAGUCUCAGAUGGGAAGGAAUCCAGCUGCUUGUUCAAAGGAGGGCUUGAAUAGGGGAGCAUGGACAGCUACGGAAGACAACAUACUCACAGGAUAUAUCACAAUGCAUGGUCAAGGAAAAUGGAGAGAUCUUCCCAAAAGAGCAGGGCUUAAGAGAUGUGGGAAGAGUUGCCGACUAAGAUGGAUAAAUUAUCUUCGACCUGAUAUUAAGAAAGGCAACAUAACCAGUGACGAAGAGGAGCUCAUUAUUAGGCUUCACAAUCUCUUGGGGAAUAGAUGGAGUCUGAUAGCAGGGCGACUUCCAGGCCGAACAGGCAAUGAAAUCAAGAACUACUGGAACACCAAGUACAUCAAUAAUGGAAAGAAAGUCCAAGAUCACCCUAAGUACCCUGCCUCUGAACGGACACGGCCAUCAAAACAAGCACAAGAAGAGUCAAAUCUGGGUCCAGAAUUAGGGUCAGCUGGAAAAGCAACUGAAGCAAAUACAGGCUCAGAUCAUGUGAUCUGUACCGAGGGAACUAGGUGCACCAAAGUUGUCCCAACCUCGGGGCAAGAAGAACUUCAUGAAGAGGAUCAACUUGACAGUAAGCCAGUGGUUGAAUCUUUAGGCCGUCUUCAUGAACCAGUUGAGUUUUCAAGAUUCAUUUUGGAGGAAAAUAAUCCGCCCAACUUCAUGAUGGAUUUUGAGAUGGAUGAAAUCUUCCUUUCGGAUUUUCUCAACAUGGAUUUCUCUCAGCUAUGCUGUUUUGAAAAUGAGGGUGUUAAUUUGAUGCUGUAGUACUACUAGAUCGAUGUGCUUCAGAGCUGUACUGUUAAUCUUGUUUGUGUAAUCAUGUCUUUGUACGUGUUGCUGCAUUAUUAUUGUAUUAAUAAUAUGUAUUACAUAUAGCUAGCUAGCUAGCUAGUGACAUGCAUGAGUACGUGGUAA